AUAGCUGAUAAUAAUAUGAUAUAAUAAACAGUAUAAAUAUUGCAUAUUCAAUUAUCUAAAUUAAAAUACGCGUAUUUUGACUAUUUACCACUAUUUACUAUUGCUCAUUGCUGUAAAAGUUAAAACGUAGUGUUGACUGUUGUGAGUAGUUGUCCUCAGUAGAAGUUAGACCAAUGUUCUCAUUUCUAGUUUGACGUAGUUUAAUCUUUAGCUAUCAAUUUAAUUAAACACGAUAUAUUGUUGAGAUGGCUGCGUUUGUUCCGGGUUCGUCAACAGAGCCUACAUCAGAAAUUGAAUUAACACUAUCUUGCAGAAAUCUGCUAGACUGUGAUGUAUUCUCUAAAUCUGAUCCUAUGUGUGUUGUAUAUUUGAAAACCCCAGAAACAUCCAGAUGGAGUGAAAUAUGUCGCACUGAAUGUAUCCAUAACAGUUUGAAUCCUGAUUUUGUUACCAAAGUUCAUGUAUUAUACCGCUUUGAGGUUCAGCAAAAUAUCAAAGUAGAAGUUUAUGAUGUAGAUUCUAAACUAAGUGAUCUUCGAUCUCAAGAUUUCUUGGGGUCAUGUGAAACUACUCUUGGUCAUAUUGUUUCUUCCGUAACAGUUACAUUGCCCUUAAAGGGAGCUAAAUCUAAUAACAGAGGUCAAGUCAUUGUAAAAGCUGAAGAACUACCAGCAUGUCAUGAUGAAGUGACUUUACACUUUAGCGGAAAAAACCUGGAAAAAGACGAUUGGGUAUCCAAGUUUUUUUCCUGGUUAGUAAAGGCUUAUCCAUUUCUGGAGUUUUUUAAAGUGUGUGAAGAUGGCCAGUAUCAGUUAGUAUAUCGAACCGAAGUUGUUAAUUGGACCACAAAUCCUAGAUGGAAACCAAUAACCUUACCAGUACGAUCUUUUUGUGGCACAGAUUUUGAUCGAGAUAUUAAAGUCUGCUGCUACCACUACAAAUACAGUGGAAAUCAUCAAUUAUUGGGAGAAUUUCAUGCUACAAUGAAUCAAUUUCAAAAAGGUCCAGGACCUGAAAAUGAACAUAAAUGUACAAAACCUAAAUCAAAUAAAACUACUGGUACUAUUCGCCUAAAUCAUUUUGAGUUGAAGAAAACAUUCACAUUUUUAGACUAUAUAAUGAAUGGCACUCAAAUCAACUGUACAUUUGCAAUUGAUUUUACUGCUUCAAAUGGAGAUCCAAAAGAUUACAAUUCAUUGCAUUACAUAAGUAAUAGACCUAACCAAUAUGAACAAGCAUUGGCGGCUGUUGGUGAAAUUAUUAAAGACUACGAUAGUGACAAAAUGUUUCCAGCAUUGGGAUUUGGUGCACGUAUUCCACCUCAUGGCCAAGUUUCUCAUGAAUUUUUCUUAAAUUUACAAGCCAGUGAUCCUUACUGUUCUGGCAUAGAAGGAGUUAUUAAUGCUUAUCAUCACUGUAUAAGGAGCGUUCAGUUAUAUGGUCCUACAAAUUUCAGUCCGGUUAUUAACCACGUAGCAAAAUUUGCUCAAGCUUAUCAAGACGGAUCCCAGUAUUUCAUAUUACUCAUAAUCACAGAUGGUGUUAUCACAGAUAUGUUCCACACUAAACAAGCUAUCAUCAAAGCAUCAACAUUGCCACUCUCUAUAAUCAUCGUAGGAGUCGGCAAUGCAGAUUUUCAAUCAAUGGAAGAAUUAGAUGGUGACACAGUUACUUUAGAAGUGAAUGGUGUUCGGGCUGCCAGAGAUAUUGUGCAGUUUGUCCCAUUUAAAGACUUUCUACAAAUUCAAAAUCCAAUGAAUGCUAAAUCGCAUUUAGCUCAAGAAGUUUUGGCAGAAAUACCUGCGCAGAUUGUUGGCUAUAUGAAAAGUCGUAAUAUUAUUCCUAAAGUGCUACACUAACAUUAUAAUAACUAAAUAUUAUAAUAAUAUUUAUUUCAAAUUCUUUUCUCAGCUACUGUUUUAUCAAGUAUUUUUGUCUUAUUUAUAUCUGUUUAUUUUUUUUUUUUCGUUAUUUAUAUUUGUCUAUGUGCUUUCAAGCUGUACUAUCAAGACUGUCUAAAAUAAUUUAUAAUAAUGUUAAAUUUACAAUUUUAUUUGGCCAAAAGAAGUUUUUUAUGGGUUAAACUAGUCACCUAAAUCAAAUUAAUUUAUUUUUCUUCAUAGCUUAUAUUUUUUUUUAUGAUAAGAUACAUAUUGUCGCUACCGCGAGAAAAACUCCCAUGUGCAGAAAACAUUAAAACGUGUAAAACAAUUUAUAGUAGGUAAUACAUAGGUUUUAUUUUUAUUUUUCAUUUAUUCUACAAUAGAGAUACCUAGCACAUUGAAGAUUUUAUCGUAUGAUAGCUUUUUUUUUCUGUAUUCAGGGAUACCAAAAUCGAAAAAUUGGCACAUAGGAUGUUUUUUCACAGUAACGACAAUAUAUUAUGUACAUACAUAUGUAUGUGUAUUUAAUUUUCAAUUUAUAAUGCUCAAUAAUUUUUAACAAUCAUGAAUCAACCUAUUGUAUUAUUUUAAGUAACAAAUGUUAUUGUGACCAAAUCAAUGAUGAAUUUUUUAUGUAAUUUUCUUUGAAAAUUUAUACUAAUGAAAUCUGUAAGUACAACUAAAUACUUUUGUGA